AUGUCUUCAACAGCAAUCCUCAAGCCGAGUCCGGCAGCCUCGCGCUUUGUAGCUCCCACAACGCCCUUGCGACCCUCGUCGGCACCUUCGACACCACAAAAGUCACAGCCACAGCAACCACCCACCAAGGUCGACACUCCUGGAACCUGGCGUCACCCCAACAUGGACGCCAUCAACCGUCGCAAGAAUGCCUCGACCUUUACAUCCGACAAUAUGCACGCCAUCAUAGUCAAUGCUGUUGCUCUGCUAGCAUUCUUGCUUGCUCCUAGCAUGCUCUCUAGCNUAUCCAUGGAUCCAUACGCAACCUGGGCUUCUAUCCUCGUCCGCUGCAUCCCCGUCAUGAACAUCUCGCUCGCGCUCAUGCCGCUCUUCCGCCCCGUCGACGAAAUGACAGACAUCCCUCUCACCAGAGAACAACGCCAACUCCUCGGCCUGACCCCACAGAACGUACCUUUACCUGCUGGAUCUCCUGGCUACGUUACUCCCCCAAGAUACUCCCGUUCUUCUACACCACGCUCUAGUGCUCAGAGACACGCCUCGGCCUCUCCCAUGUCACACAAGGCUAGUCCAUCUUCAUUCGAUCAAAGCACCCUGGGUGUCAGCAGAGGUCCCUCUGGCAGCCCCUUUUCUGUUAGCCCCCUGGUGCAGAAGGCCGUAGGAGGUGCUACGGCUGCGAGAACGUCUUCGCCGUUGGACAACAGCUUGGGAAGCAGUUCGUCAGGUCUGGCCACUGGAAAGGCAACCGUGUCGCUGAACAGCAAGUGGCUGUACGAGAGAGGAAAGGGCAGCCCCAAUGGUGGAAGAGCCGUCUUCUCGUGA